CCAGAAACUGUUUGACAACAACAAAAAGUGCACUCACUGUCUGUCCCUUUCUCCUCGGUGUUUCUUAGGUAAAAUCCAAUCCAACCAACCUCCCUUGUCUCCACCUCUCUUUCCUCGUUCCCUCCGACCGAUCCUUAAUUACCAAUUUACCAUUGCUUCCUCCUCCUCCUUCUCCUGCAUUUUCAACAUCCAUCACUCUCUAAAGUCUCAGAUUCUUCAUUCACAAUCUUACACUCGCAACAAAGACUUUGAUGGGUUCCACCACGCACGUGAUGACCAACACCAACCCUACUCUCCCUCAUCUACUACCCUCUUCACGCUCCCACUUCAAUUCACGUCUUCUCUCACUGCCACCCACCAGAGUCGCCAAUAAAGUUGGUGUCUUUGCCGAGCGUAGCAACAAAAGUAGAAGCACUUCCACCGCCGCCGUCGAUUUCAGCGACCCUGAUUGGAAAAUCAAGUUCCAGGAAGAUAGGGAAGCACGUUUCAGACUUCCCCAUCUCACUGAUAUCUUUCCAGAUGCUCCUCCGAUUCCUUCCACGUUUUGUCUCAAAAUGAGAACUCCGAUUGAUAGAGACUUUCCUGGUCAUUAUUCUUUGGAUGAGGAGUGGCAUGGAUAUAUUAAUAACAAUGACAGAGUGCUUCUUAAGACAAUAUACUAUUCGUCACCUACAUCUGCUGGUGCUGAGUGCAUUGAUCCUGAUUGUACAUGGGUGGAACAAUGGGUUCAUCGAGCUGGGCCUCGUGAAAAGAUAUACUUUAAGCCAGAAGAAGUAAAGGCAGCAAUUGUUACUUGUGGAGGGCUCUGCCCUGGUCUUAAUGAUGUCAUCAGACAGAUUGUAAUCACCCUUGAAAUAUAUGGUGUAAAAAACAUCGUGGGGAUUCCUUUUGGUUACCGGGGAUUUUCUGACGAAGAAAUGACAGAAGUGCCGCUGUCUAGAAAAGUAGUGCAGAAUAUUCAUCUUUCUGGUGGAAGCCUGUUGGGAGUUUCACGAGGAGGACCUGGAGUCAGUGAUAUUGCGAACAGUCUGGAGAAAAGAGGGAUCAACAUGCUUUUUGUAUUGGGUGGAAAUGGCACACAUGCUGGUGCCAAUGCAAUUCACCACGAGUGCCGCAAAAGACGGCUGAAGGUAUCUGUAAUUGGCGUGCCCAAAACUAUAGACAAUGAUAUUUUAUUGAUGGACAAAACUUUUGGCUUUGAUACUGCUGUUGAAGAAGCACAAAGAGCAAUAAAUUCUGCCUACAUUGAGGCACAUAGUGCAUAUCAUGGAAUUGGCGUUGUGAAAUUGAUGGGCCGUAGCAGUGGAUUCAUAGCAAUGCAAGCAUCCCUAUCUAGUGGACAGGUUGACAUAUGCCUGAUCCCUGAGGUACCUUUCAAUUUACAUGGACCUCAAGGAGUAUUGAGUCAUCUCAAGUACCUUUUAGAAACAAAGGGAUCAGCUGUAGUCUGUGCAGCAGAGGGAGCUGGACAGAAUUUACUCCAAAAGACUAAUGCUACAGAUGCAUCAGGAAAUGUUGUAUUUGGAGACAUUGGCGUAUAUAUUCAACAAGAGACAAAAAAAUAUUUCAAGGAGAUUGGUGUUCAUGCUGAUGUGAAAUAUAUUGAUCCAACGUAUAUGAUCCGUGCAAUUCGAGCAAAUGCAUCAGAUGGAAUUCUGUGCACUGUACUUGGACAAAAUGCUGUUCAUGGUGCGUUUGCAGGAUAUAGUGGCAUUACAGUAGGUUUAUGUAACACCCACUAUGCCUACUUUCCCAUCCCCGAAGUGAUAUCUCAUCCUAGGCUGGUGGACCCCAACAGUCGAAUGUGGCAUCGUUGCUUAACAUCAACAGGUCAACCUGACUUCAUCUAAUAAUUUAUCCUUUUUUUUCCAAUAAAUUCAAGAGGCUUGGAAAUUCAGGUUUCCAAAGAGCAUAUCAUAAGAAGCAAGGUUCAAAAUAUGUCUGGUCAAUUUGUAUUGAACAGGUAUAUGUGAAAAUAAUGCUAAACUAGUGCGACUAUUGUAAGAUGUAACAUUAUUUAACCGAUGUUAGGGGCCAAAUGGCCAAAAUUUAAUGAGUAAAUUAGCUGAUUAACUGUCGUGUUUGAAAUUCACGCCUUGAAUACUGGAUUGCACGUUAAUAAUUGCAGUCCCUGGGGAUGAAUUUUGUGGCUAAAUUGUGCAAAGGUUAUUUGCAAAGCAUUUUAAGGAUAUUUUGGCACCCAUCAUGGUUGGUGCCUCGGUGAAAAGAGACAAAUUCAGUAAAUUACCCUGACACUCA